AUGAUCACCUCAGGGUGGCAAUCACCCACUUCAAUGGACCACAGUAAUGGAGGCAACUCGCUGGCGAGGACCCUCGUCUUUUGUUCCACCCGCGCUUGGCGUGGCGGCUUCCGAGUUCUCCUCCAGAUUAGCGCCGUUCUGCUCACCAUCUUCAUUCUCUUUGGCCUGUUGCCUGAACGGAUGGGCGUCAGUAGCAACUUGAUAGGCUACAAGGACAUGUUGUCAUGGAAAGCCGAGCCCGAACAGCAGUCCAACCUCAGAAUUGUCGUCUUUGGUUCCCCCGAUGUAGCUGGCAGCGCUGCUGAUCAAGUCCAUGUGCGCACAACCUGGACCGAGGAGCUUUGCAAGCAGAUGAACUGCACAUCGCAUAUUUCCCUUGUUCCCACAGGCGACUCCAGUCAUGGGAUGGCAUCUCACGCCCUCUAUGCUCACGAACUCAGCGCCUUGAACCAGAUCACCAGGGAAACCAACAUCACCGACCAACCUGCCCUUGAUUACGACUUCAUUGGCGAACAGUACCCUGUCCCGGUUGGCACGCCUGAUUUGACCGAUCAGAUCAAGCAGUUCCUUGCCAUGCCGCCACCCGACGCCGUGCCACACGAGACGCUCUGGAUCUUCACCUUUGGUACUUGGGAAAUCUGGAACAUGGCUGCGCUUCCCCUCGGCACGGCAGAGGAUCUCAUUGACUCCAUGACCACCCACAUCUUCGCCCAGAUCGAGCACCUGUACAAGCAUUCGCUUUACCCCAACUCGGUUGCCUUUUCCGAUUUCUGGUCUAAUGCCACCGAGUCCCAGGUCCAGGAGCUGACGGCACCCAACGCUGCUUCCGACGUCGACGAUCGCAAGUUGGAGAACUUCCGAGUUCUGAUCCCUAAGCUCUUUGACAUCACCCUUACCCCAGGCUGGCGCGGUCGCCCCUCGCCUCCCUUUCCCAACACCCAGGCCGAACAGACCCGCAAUGCCGUGUGGCUGACCAGGUACUGGGACCAAGCAAUGGAUUUGGGACUCAUGAGGUGGAAAGAGAUGAGGACCAAGAAGCCUGAUGGCGUAAUCGAUGAGACGGAUGAGCAUGUGGUAAAGAGGAGGAACGAAGAGGGUGACGAGAGUGACAACAAUCAGUCCCACUCGUUGUUCGAUUACCUGCCGGCGUCCAUGCGAUCCAAAGCUCUGAAUGCCACCGAGGCCAAAAACGAGCGAGUCAUCUAUGCACCGUAUCCUCUCCGCAACGGUCUGCAAAUCGACCCGGCCAAGACCAUUCUAAACGCAAUGACGGAGGAGGAUAUGCAGCGGUCUGCAGUCAAGGACUCCAAGGGCUUUGGAACACUGUCUGCCAACGACUCGUUGCGAUUUCUGGACGUGUGGACGCCCUGCGUUAGGGCCAUAACAGAGGACUUGUCCGUCGACAUGGACGAAGUGACAGAAGAGUGCUCGAUCCCCCACGACCACCUAUUUUAUGAUGCCUUCACCAUCGGCCAGCGAGCCAUUGUGGAGGUGACGAAGCCGGUACUGGAAUCCGUGCUGGAAGGCCUGUUUGUGCGUCAACCAAAGUCCAGCUGGUUCUACUAG